AAUAUAAGACCCGACUAUGAAUACCGGCCUAAGUGUCGUUGCGCAUAUUUUUUCAUUAUAUCAAAAUACGUGCGCGUCGGUAAGUGGUUACGGAAUAGCAUCCCUGUCGGUCACCAUGCAGUCACUGUGGGCGCAUGAGAUGAUCGAUGCGCGCAGGACGCUAUCUUAUCAACAAUAUCUUUUAUUUAAGAAAUUGACAAAAUUCGCCACUGACAGACGCUACAAUCGUAAACCCUAAAAUAUAAUUUUCCUAUCUCCGGGAAUGGGCGGAAAGCUCGACUCGGUAGUGGGGGGUAUGGUGGGGUAUUGAGAGCGUAACAGAACGUAAUGGGAUGAGUUAACUUGUGUUUUGAUUACCACCAAGGACACAAAUUGACCCCCACGUUUGUUGCCCCUCCACAGUAUUUAAAUCGUGAUACUGUGUUCCGAUUGGAACGGAAAUCCACAGGGCAGAAGAAGAACUUGUGUUUUUGUUUCGCCUUACUUGAAAUUGUGUCCUGAAUUGUCUUUUUCACCAUCGUCGCCGUCCAUGUGUCUAUCUCCAUUGUUUAUAUCGCUAUGCAGACUGCAGCAUGAUGCACGAAAGUGAGUGCAACUAAUCGAGCAGAAAGUAUGGCGCGUCCUAAGCACAGAGCGAGCGCAGACGUGUGUGCCGACUGCGGAACACUCGAGCCAGGAUGGGCAUCAAUAAACAGAGCUAUUUUAUUAUGUGAUGAUUGCUGUGGGAUUCAUCGUAGCUUAGGACGUCAUGUGUCGCAUAUCAAGUCUUUAUAUAAGGGUGUUUGGAACACUCAGCUAUUGAAUAUGGUACAUACAUUGAGUGAUAAUGGAGCUAACAGUAUUUGGGAACAUUCCCUACUAGAUCCCAGCAACUCCAAGAUUAGUAGACGAAAACCACAACCCAAAGAUCCCUUACACCCAGUAAAGGCAGAUUUUAUUAAAGCCAAGCAUCAACACUUGGCCUUUAUAUUACGGCCAAGCAAGGAAGAAUGUUGUACCGAGGAAGAACUUAAUAGACAGUUACACAGUAGUGUCCGUACAAGUAAUUUAGAAACUUCAUUGAGGCUGUUGGCACAAGGAGCCAAUCCCAAUUAUUUUUAUAAGGAAAAAGGAACUACACCUUUACACGUGGCAGCUCGUGCUGGACAAGCUCUCCAAGUAGAACUUUUAAUAGCUAAUGGCGCAAACCCGAGUGUAGUUGAUUUAAAUGGACAAACAGCUGCUGAUAUUGCUAAAAUGGCAGGACAUGUAGAUUUAUCUGAACGUAUAAUUGAAUGUAUGUAUGAAGUAACAGAUAGACUGACAUAUCAUGUAUGCUCUCGUAAACCAAGCCAUCGAGGCAAUCAACAUCUUAUUAAUUCUGAGUUGGCUUCUUUCUUGGAUAAAAAUGAAUUAGUUUUGGAAGGAAGAAGCAGAUUGCAAAUGUUACCAAAUCAUUUGCUAGAGGAGUUAGCUAUGGAUGUUUACGAUGAGGUAGAUCGCCGGGAAACAGAAGCAAUUUGGUUUUCAACUGCAUCCCUCCCAGAGAAAUGUACCGUUCCAUUUUUGCCAGUUAAUCCACAAUUGUCAUCUACUAGAAAUCAAGGAAGGCAAAAAUUGGCGAGAUUUACACCGAAGGAAUUUACCAUUCUUAUCGCAGAUUUACUGAUUGAAGCGGGUCGAAGACAUAUGCUUGCUAAUAAUGCACUUCAAAAUCCUACUGUAUCUAUGCUUCGUAAAGAGCAAUUUGGUAAGCAUGGAUCGCAAAUGUCUGACGAUGAACCUUUAUAUGACAGUGUUGCAUCAGAUGAUGACUAUGCUGCUCUAACAUCUACAGAUAAUACUUCAUCCGACGUUUCAAAUCAGCUUAAAACUAAUAACGAGGAAAUAUUUACACCAAUUGCUAAGGGUCUUCCGUCCAUGGUAGAAGUUUUGAAUAAACAAUUGACUCUAUCUGAAUCAACCGUACGAGAUCUCCGCGAGCAAGUGCAUACUUUACAAACUGCCAUCGAGCAACUCACUCAAGAAAAUAACGAGCUGAAGCAUAUGCUACAAAUCAAAAGUUCUGGCGAUGGCAACAUGAAUGGACAUGUUAGUGGGGAACAGGAUCCCGAAUUGGAGCCAGUGCAUGAUAUCAAAACGUCCAUACGUGGAAAUCAACGACCAGCAUCUAUGUAUGAGACUAGAGAAGGCUUACGGAAACCAGGGUCGUGGUCUACAACUAUUUGUCAAACAAAACGCGACACCGAGGUUUUAUCGCGAAAUAACACGCAAAGUUUGUGGGAAUGUGGCGCGCUUAAUCUGCCACCCAGCGAAGAGGUAACUCGACGAACGGAACAAGUUACCAGGCGAAUUCAAGAACUGUGGAUGGCUAUGCAAGAUCCGAGCCAACGAGAAGCUUUCGUUCCUUGUGCUGAAAGGAUACGCGUUGCUGUUGCUGAGUUAACUGCUAUAUUUCCUCAGAAUCCAAUUGAAGAAAAUAUCAGAUCUGCCUUACGCCAAUUAAAUGGCAAUACUGGAAGACUUCAAGCAGAGUGUUCCGGUCUUCAAAGAUGUGUUAGUGAUGCCGAGCACAUGGAUCGUUGUUUGCAACAAGUACGUUCAUGUGCUUAUGAUAUUGCCAAAGCAACUAAGCUACUUGUCACGCAAUUUCAAAUGUAGAUUCUUUCAAUGUCACAGAAAAAGUUGAAAGAUGCCUUUGUUUUUUACCAAAUCUGUUAGAUAUUUUAUUCUUCUAUGUCUUAAUGACAAUCAAUUAUUAUAUUAUAGUUAUCGCAAUUUUUUUUAUAUUUACAUUUAACAAUAAUAAUUUCAUUCAUUUAUGAUCCUUUUGUUAAGUUUAA